UUAUCAGAGGUGCUUAAACACUGCAACGCAUUCCGGGAUUGGUCCUACUUUUAAAUCUAGCACCCGGAUGAAUCCGCUGCACAGUGUUAAAUGUGUAUAGUGUGUAUGACAUUCAAUACUUCACAUCACUUUGUAGACAUAUCAAAUCAACGUAUAAACAUCAAGACCUAUAUAAAUGAAGCGUAAAUCUCUACUUAAAGAAGACAGGUUUCGAAAAACAAAGAAGAUGAAAAAGAAAUCGAAAAAGACGACCAGUACCAAUCAUGUCGCAGAUAAGAAGUCUGGUCUGUCUCUAAUUAGCACUCUUGGUCUUUUCGGUAGCCAUGAGACACAGGUGUCGGUACACGGUGAAGUUGACCUACAUAAACAUGUGAAAGAUUGUCAGAAGAAUCCAGGUCACAAAAAAUUUAUUCCAGUGGAAUCAUUUCACCUGAAUAGCCUGCCCAGAUGUUUCCGAGAUAGUCUGCUUUAUCAGCUGAUCAAAGUGACCUGCGAUCUUGCAGUCCGGGUAGAGGUCAAAUGGACCAGCCCUCGACGAGUAGAGUUUUGGCCAGAGUCUCAGCAGCCCUAUCCGUUUUACAACUCUCAGACUACAUCUGCCUCCAGAUUUGGCAGCGGGGCGCUGAUAAACGUUAUAAAACGCCAAAACGGGAUUGGCUCUGAUAUCUAUGGCCAAAUAUACGACCUGGAGACCAGACGCUGCCCGUGUCAAAAGUGCCAAGAAUCUGAUAACCCAAGCAGAAUUUGGUGGGAGUUUAUUAUCUUUACAGCAACCCACGUUGUCUUUGACGAAUAUGAGGCCGAACAUACCGUCUGUAGACUGUUCUACGACUCUAAUACAAGUAAAGGUUUCAUACUAGACCAAGCGAGUAUGUAUAGGUCAAGCAUUGGGGAAGACACUUGCGAUUUGAGUUUUGUUUUUUGUGACAAACAGGAUUUAGGCAUCAAAAUGUUUCAAAUGAUGACCACGUGGUCCAUUCUCUGGCAGAAAGUUGAAGAAAAGUUCCAUCGCUCUAGAUUGGCAUUUAUAGUCUCACACCCACAUGGUUGUGCCAAGCAGGUCAGCUUCGGCCAGUGGGUGAAAUCUUAUGAAUGGGAAAGCUACAAUCGUGACCUGGAUUUGACCAAGCUGACCUAUACCACCAGUACAUGUCCAGGCAGUAGUGGCGCUGCUGUUUACUGUGUGGGCUUCAAUGAAAUUGUGCAUAGUGGGAUGUUGAAUUCCAAGCUAAAUGUCAGUGGUAUUGGUUUCUCCUACUUGAAGAGCCGCAAUUUUAGUUUAUCAAGGCGUAUAAGAACCUGACAAGUGUUUCUAACUAUACACGCACAUUUUAGUAAUGUGAAUCGUUAUGAAAGAGAAACACAAGGUUUCACUGGCAAGAAUAGUUUUAAGUAGAAACGAAAAAAUGUAAGAUAUGUUCUAUAUUUUGACAGUGGUAUAACACGUUGGCCUUGUGUUGGUAGUAGAGGAGAGGAAUUAAUUCAGAAGACGAUCUACACAAGGAAAAUGAAAAGUGUUUACAAUACCUCCAAGUCUGAAUUUCAUGUAACCUGGAACCAGGAUCCAGGAACCUGGAAAGCUGAUCUCACAAACGGCUCUAACGAUUUGCCUAGAAAUGUACGUAUGUUGCUAACUAUUCACCAUUCACAGUAACAAACACGGGAAGCUAUUUAGUAAGGGAGAUAACUAUUUACCAUAUUGUAAUGACUUAAGUGAGGCAACUCAACGAGGCACAUAUAUCUUUAUUUACACGACAUCACAGGUACACAAAACAACAUCUAUCUUAGGCACAGUCUUUUCACUUCGGCUCUCGACUUGGGCGGAAAUCGUUCUCCUCCUAAUGUCAACAUCCUUUUCUAGUCUGGUUACUAGAAGUGCGCAUCUCUGCACUAGCCUGGAUAGCGGUGCGCAUGGGAAGAGUCAUAACAUUAUUUAUGCUGUUUUAGAUUUUUUGUCAACACAAUUUAUUUUACAAUUUGUAUUGCUAAAUUGAGUAAGUUCAGUCUUAUUAACUACUACAUUUACCAACAAAAAAUGUUUACUUUUUUUUUAAGAGAAACAAAAUCUAUUUAGUAUGGUUAUAACAUAAUUUAAAACAACAAUUAAUUUUCACCUUUCCCUUGGUCUGCUGGUAUUUAUUAUGCACAUGUACCCCUCUUACCCCCUUAAUCUCUGCCAGUUACUUUUGAUAUAAUUACAUUCUGAUAUUCUUUCUGGAAAUGUUGAAACCUGCCUUUUUAGCUUCCUUUGUGGACCGCUUUGUGUUUGUGUUUCCACCCAAACUGUCUUUGUAACCUUGUUUAAAAAAUAUUAUAUUAUAUUGGAAGAUAUUUGAAGUUUUGUAAUGGAGGUAUUGUCUUUACAAAAAAAAAAUGUAAUUUUUAAUGUUUUUAUAUUUAGUCUUCAGGUUUGACUACAAAUGAAAAAUUGCUUAUAAGAAACUAUUGUUUAUUGUUCCUGUGGUUUUGUUUUAAAACUAUACUUAAAUUCAAUAAUGAAAAUAGCGUUAUAUAUUAAAAUGAAAAUUAUUAUUUUUUUAAAUUGAUCUUUGCUUUUAUCAAGCAAGAGAAUGUACGUGUUCACAUAGAGACACUGGUACAUAUUGAGCAUUUUUUAAACUAGUUUUUCAUUUAAUUAAUCUUAGACAAACAUAACAUACUUCAUUGAAGAAAAACUUAAGAUUUAUCUGUUCAAAACAGUUUUUUAAUAAAGAUUAAUUUGUCAUUUUAACAACAUUUUUAUUUCAAAAUAUGUUAUCAUAGCGCCUAGAGCAUAAUUAUUAAUUAACAGCGCUAUAUAAGUUUAUUUAAUUAUUAUUUUUAAAAGUGAUUGUAUAUUAUGUUCAUCAAACGAUAACCCCUGAGAUCCUGGCUACUUACUGUGAGUAAUACAUAUAUGAAAAUGAAUGUUUUAAUCAGUAUCUAGUUAAACAAUCUGUUACAGUCUAUGGUUAGAUUUUUCUUUAUUUUCUUUUAGAGUUAAAAAGGUAACCUAACAAUGUACAAUGUAUGCUUUUUGAUAAGAACAUUCAAAUAAAUUAA